AUGGAGAAGAUGAGAGUGAUACUAAUUGCUCAAUUCAUAUUCAUAGCUGCAGCAGUUGCAGUUCAAGUUGGUGAAACCAUUACUUCUAAGCCUAACCUACUCCAUAGCUAUGUUCAAGGCUAUGAGUCACCUAAAUUUAGAAUGUCCUUGACACACUGCAUGGGGCAUGGUGCUGAAACAUGUAAUGAAGCUAAUGCUGGAAUAGAAGAUGCACACGGGUUGGCUCAUUGCCUUUUCAAUUCUUUGGAAGGGUGCUUGAAACAUCAUGGUGCUGUACUUGAUCAAACAAGUGGUACCUCCACAUUACCCCAUCAAGUUCAAACCAUCUUCAGUCACUGUGCUCAUGUCAGUGCAAAGAGUUGUUGGACUGGCCCUAAUAUUGCUACAUCCGUUUUAUCCGCGUGUCUAAUUCCAUCCAUGAAUCAAUGCGCAUACCCCAAUUGA